GUUUGUUUACCUUCUCACUCUACUACUUGACUCUGUAACAGUCCCAUAUUCCUGGUAUCCAUUCACCUCACUCCAUCGCUGCAAGACAAUGAAGGAUACACACACCCUGCUCAAUCUGCUUCUGCUGUUUGUGUACCUUGCAGGAUCAGCUGUGACCACUGAUGGAGGGAAGGACAGUCCCAAUGGUCCCUUGGAACUAACCAUUUUGGGACCUGACUUUGUGACUGUGGGCGUGCCAUGCAGUUUUGACUGUGCCGCCCAGUGCUCUCCUUCCUGUAGCUACAGAAUGAGUAUCGACGGGCAGAUUGGGCAGGGGAACGAAGUGUUCUUCACAGCUCGCCAAUGGGAGGAGUCCCUAAACCUCACAUGCACUGCAAGGAAUGAUGACUCUGGGAGGUCCUCUACAGUAACAAAGAUACUACAGGUUUUAGCUGGACCAAGCAAUGUAUUGAUCACAAGCCCUGACUUGAUGACCCCAGGGGCCCCACAAAACUUCAAGUGUAACGCCGACUGUCGUCCCUCCUGCAACUACACUUGGGGGAUAAAGGGCCGAUGGCUCGGGGGGCAAGGGAACGAGAUUACCGUAACUCCCGAAGAGUUGGCCACCUCUGUUACUCUGAACUGCAAGGCCAUCAACAGUGUGUCUGGGCUCUAUGCCAUGGCCACCAGGACAAUACCUGUGACAUCUGGUCCAUCAGAGGUCCACGUCAUUGGUCAAGACUCUGUUGCAGUUGGCUUCAAGUCCAAGUUUCGGUGCACUGCCAAAUGCAUUCCUGCUUGUGACUACUGGUGGAUCGUUGAUGGUCACACUGUUUAUGGCAGUGAGAUGGAGAUGACGGUCGAGCGACAUGUAAAAUCAGAGAAGAUUAAGUGCUACGCUCAGAAUACGGUCUCAAUGAAUUUUGACUUGGCAACCAAGACCGUACGGGUGGGAGAUGAUGGAAAAUCCAUGGCCACACAGGCUAAACAGACUAUAGACCUGCUUCUGUUUGCCUUUACACUCUCACUCUACACUGUAAUAUCACCAUAAUCCAGGAGAGGGCCGUUUUGUACAAGGAAGUAAACUGUUCUCCACACGCACAUCUGGAUAAUUUGAAAACAUGUCAGCAUUAUUACAAACAGUGCCUUCCAUAUCAGGAUGUUAGGCAUAUUUGCUGAUGAUAAGUGGAGUGGAAAGGCUUGGCUGAAUCUUUCAAUAUUAAAGCACUACGUGUGUGCAAGCAUCGUAAAGUGUAUACCCUAUUUGGAAUAAAUAUUUAAUAAAGACAAAUUUACAUUAAUUUAGUAGCAUGUCUUUUUUGCAAUGUGUAACUUUUUUCCAGACUUGAGAUGGAGUUGAAACCUGCAAGCAUGCCAUCUUCAUGGAAGGCACAGACUUUGAAGUGAUGUAUUUUAAAUGGCGUGCUGAUGU